UCUGUCUCCAGCCAUCUUUGGCCGUUUUCCCGUCCUGCGUUCUCUGUGGUUCCGGAGCCGUGAAUGUCUGCGUGGUGUCUGCGCCCUCCGACUCUGCUGCGGGAGGAGCGCAGUGAGGACGGGAUGUCCGGGAAUCAGGAGAUGGGCUCUGUAUCAUUUGAAGAUGUUGCUGUGGACUUCACUUGGGAUGAGUGGCAGUUUCUAGACACUGCACAGAGGAGCCUCUACAGGGAUGUGAUGCUGGAGAGUUACAGCAGCCUGGUGUACUUGGGGCACUGCACAAACAAACCUGAAUUGAUCUUCAAGUUGGAAUGUGAAUUUGGCCCAUGGAGUGUGUCAGAAGCCUCCAAGCAGAGCCUUCCAGGUGUUCACAAAGUGACCACUAAAAUGAAAAGCAUCUUGGAAAAUGACAGGCGACAUCUGUGGCAAGUUGGAAUCACCAACAGCAAGACAUCGAGUGAAGAGAUUGUUGACGCAGAUCUAAAAAUGCAACAGAUAAUUCAACAAAGAAAAGCCUGUGAAGGUACAAGAUGUGCGAAUACAUUAUAUCCAGAGACACACCACAGCACAGAUCAGAUGUCUAACAUAUGUAAGAAAGGUUUUAGUUAUAAAUUGGCUUUCACUCAAUAUCAAAGGCCUCAUAGAAUUGAUAAAUCCUGUGAUGGUAAAAAAUGUAGUAAUACCUCCUCCUUCAAGUCAGAAUUCACUGUAUCUUGGAAAUGUCAUACAGGUGUGAAUCCUUAUGAAUGUAAACAGAGUGGAAAAGCAUUCUUCUGCAAGUCUAACCUCACCAUGCAUCAACGAACUCAUACAGGUGAGAAGCCCUAUGAAUGUGAGCAGUGUGGAAAAGCCUUCCCCAGGAAGUCUUACCUCACUGUGCAUAAAAGAACUCAUACAGGAGAGAUGCCCUAUGAAUGUGAGCAGUGUGGAAAAACAUUCCACACAAAGUCUCACCUUACUAUGCAUCAAAGAACUCAUAUGGGGAAGAAGCCCCAUAAAUGUGAACAGUGUGGAAAAGCUUUCUACUCUAAUUCUCACCUCACUGUGCAUCAAAGAAUUCAUACAGGUGAGAAGCCCUAUGAAUGUGAACAAUGUGGAAGAGCCUUCCACUCUAAGUCUUACCUCACUGUGCAUCAAAGAACUCAUACAGGUGAGAAGCCCUAUGAAUGUAAACAGUGUGGAAAAGCUUUCUGUAAAAACUCUACUCUCCGGAAGCAUCAAACAACACAUACAGGUGAGAAGCCCUAUGAAUGUGAGCAGUGUUGCAAAGCUUUCUCCAGGAAGUAUCAGCUCACUGAUCAUCAAAGAACUCACACAGGGGAGAAGUGCUAUGAGUGUGAGCAGUGUGGAAAAGCCUUCUUCCAUAAGAAUAAUCUCACCGUGCAUCAAAGAACUCAUACAGGGGAGAAACCCUAUGCAUGUAAACAGUGUGGAAAAGCCUUCUGCAAAAACUCUUCUCUCCAGAAGCAUCAAAGAACUCAUACAGGAGAGAUGGCCUAUGAAUGUGAACAGUGUGGAAAAGUAUUCUACACAAAGCCUCACCUCACUAUGCAUCAAAGAACUCAUACGAGGAAGAAACCCCAUGAAUGUGAGCAGUGUGGAAAAGCCUUCUUCUACAAGAAUAAACUCACUGUGCAUCAAAGAUCUCAUACAGGUGAGAAGCCCUAUGUAUGUGAACAAUGUGGAAAAGCCUUCUACCACAAGUGUAACCUCACUGUGCAUCAAAUAACUCAUACAGGUGUGAAGCCCUUUGAAUGUGAACAAUGUGGAAAAGCCUUCUACCACAAGUCUAACCUCACUGUGCAUAAAAGAAUUCAUACAGGUGAGAAACCCUAUGAAUGUAAACAAUGUGGAAAAGCCUUCUCCAAGAACUCUUAUCUCCAGAAACAUCAAAUAACUCAUACAGGUGAGAAGCCCUAUGAAUGUGAACAGUGUGGCAAAGCUUUCUCCAGGAAGUGUCAGCUCAGUGAACAUCAAAGAACUCAUACAGGGGAGAAGCGCUAUGAGUGUGAGCAGUGUGGAAAAGCCUUCUUCUACAAGAAUAAUCUCACCGUGCAUCAAAGAACUCAUACAGGGGAGAAGCCCUAUGAAUGUAAACAGUGUGGGAAAGCCUUCUGCAAAAACUCUUCUCUCCAGAAGCAUCAAAGAACUCAUACAGGUGAGAAGUCCUAUGAAUGUGAACAGUGUGGAAAAACCUGUAAGUCUGCCUUCACUGGGCAUCAAAUAACUCAGACAGGUGAGAAAUCCUAUGAAUGUGAGCAGUGUGGAAAAGCCUUCUUCUCCAAGAAUGCAAUCACUGUGCAUCAAAGAAGUCAUAUAGGAGAGAAGCCCUAUCAGUGUGAACAGUGUGGAAAAGCCUUCUCCAUGAAGUGUCAACUCACUUAUCAUCAAAGAACACAUACAGGGCAGAAGCCCUAUGAAUGUAAACAGCAUGGAAAAGCCUUCUGCAUAAAGUCUCUCUGGAAUCAUCAAAGAACUCAUACAGAGAAGAAGCCCUAUGAAUGUGAGCAAUGUGGCAAAGCUUUCUCAAUGAAGUGUCACCUCACUAAUCAUCAAAGAACUCAUACACAUGAGAACCCCUAUUCAUGUGAACAGUGUGAGAAAGCCUUCUUCUACAAGUCUGACCUCACUGUUCAUCAAAGAACUCAUACUGGUGAGAAGCCCUAUGAAUGUGAGCAAUGUGGAAAAGCUUUCUCCAGGAAGCAUCAGCUCACUUUGCAUAGAAGAACUCAUACAGAAAAGCCUUAUGAAUGUGAACAAUGUGGAAAAGCCUUCAGGAAAUAUGAGGUCUCUGUGCAUCAAAGAAUUCAUAUAGGAGAGAAGCCCUAUAUGUAUAGGAAAGCCCUAUGUGUGGGAAAGCAUUCUGCUCCAAGUCUCAACUCACUGUGUAUCAAAGAACUUGAAUAGGUGAGAAGCUGUAUGAAUGUGAGCAUGGUGGUGCAAGGCUUUAAACCUAACCAGCAGAUCUCUGCAUUUGAGGCCAGCCUGAUCUGCAUAGUUGUUCAAGGUAAGUCAGGUGUAGUGAGAAUAUAUGUUAAGAAAAGCAAGCAAGAGCUCUAAUAUAGAAGAAUAUUGUCUUAACCAUAUUGAAAUUUCUGUCUCUUAGCUUGUGAGAAGCUUCAAGCAGGAUGAGAAACUCCCUUCCUUUCCCAUAUUGCCUUAACUCUCCCUGUUACUUUAUCAUGUUGAUUUUUUCCCUCAGACUUUCAUCUGUUGUUCUUAAUCACAUGUGGCCAAAAGUAUAUAUUCUGAUAUUUCUUCACUGCUGAACAGGGGUUUAAACCCUGUGUAACCAAAUUUACUAUGCAUGACAUAAAAAGUUACAAGCUUAGAGAUUGGAGAUUGGAGGAUCAUGAUUACAUUUCUUUGUAAGCUAGGAGUACAUAGUGAGACCAUGGCUCAAAAAGACAAGAAAUAGAAAGGUGUGAAAAUGAGAUUUGGCCAAGAGCAGCAGACCAGCAAUGAAGCCAGAGUGCUGUGAUGACAGGACAGCAGUAGGUGAGUCUGCUGUUAAUCUGGCCUUAUCCAUCCGAGGCACAACAUUCUGAAUAUGGCCUGCUCUGAUACAGCGGGGCUCCUCCUAACACCCAGAUAUGACAUAAAUUCUAGGGGGCUCAGUCUUUGAUGCUUUUAUGUUGUUCUUCCCCAGUGUGAGGACAUCAAGGUUCCAGUUUCCAUCACUAAACACUGCUUCAUUUCCUUUGCUCCAGACACCCUUUCCCCUCCCAAAUUUUCAUGCUUUACCAUUGAGUUUUCUCCCCAGUCCUUCGGAAAUUUCGCUUCCCAUCACAACAGGAGUGAUCGUCCAUGCACACAAGUCUCUGCCAGUCACUGUUUUAACUGCUCUUUGAAGAUGUUGGAACUCUCUAGCAAAAUGCACAAAACUGCACUGCAGUGUUAUACUUGAAAUUUGAAAUCCAUUGUUCUUGAAAUGCCCCCAUGGUUACCUUCCUGUUAUUCCCAGUGCCAUUUCUCCUCAGAUUUUUGUCUGGCUUUGGGUCAAACACAGUAAUUUAGCAUCCCCUCUCUUCUAAUACUUAACUAAAGGUACCAUGUACACACCUCCUCUCUGAACUAUGCACCUGGUAACCUGAACCUCCACUUGCAUUCCAUUUUAUUUUAGUCUUUUUGAGACAGGGUCUCCCUGUAGCCCCAGCUGGCCUGGAACUCACUAUGUGGACCAGGCUGGCCUUGAACAUACAGAGAUCUACCUGCCUCUGCCCCCGAGAUGCUGAGAUUAAAGUUGUGUGACACAAGUCCUAUUCAGUUGUCCUUUUGUGGCUGAGGAUGGCUGAUUUGGUUCAACUGUUUUUUUUAAAGUAAAUUUUGUCCUGAAAGUGAACUUUUAGGGGAGAAUUCCUGAAAUACUAUCUUAUGCCUAUGCAUAAUUGGGCAUGUACAAGAUUAAAAUCAGAUGCAUUGUGGGAAGGGACAUGUACCAUUGUGAAAUUAUUAAGAAACAAUCUUGUCAGUCAAAACAAAAGAUGACCCAAGCUACUCCCUAAAUACCCAAACUUCACCUUUCACACCCCAUAAAAAGUCCUGGGCAAUAACCAGUGGCACUAGAAUAUCUUCAUUCCUGUGGCCCAGUGUCAGUCUUGACACUAUCGGAUCUGUUUUUUUGCUUUGAAUAAAGUUUUUGCUUUACAUU